AUGGAGAAGCAAAAGAAUGGCUACAAAGCUCAUUGUUUGGUGUUGUCCUAUCCAACCCAAGGCCACAUUAACCCCAUGCUCCAAUUCUCCAAGCGUUUGGAUAACAAAGGAGUAAGAGUUACACUCGUCACCACCUUCUCCAUCUCCAAGACCAUCCACAAAGAAGCCACCUCCAUUGCUCUCGACACCAUCUCCGACGGCUACGACGACGGCGGCAUAGAGCAAGCGGAGAGCAUCCAGGCCUAUUUGGACAGCUUUUGGCGAGUCGGGUCACAAACUCUGACUCAGCUCCUCGAGAAAUUCUCUAGCUCAGGCUCCCCUGUUGAUUGUAUUGUCUAUGAUGCUUUCUUGCCUUGGGCUCUCGACGUAGCCAAAAAGUUUGGCUUAAUCGGGGCUGUGUUUUUCACUAUGUCUUGUGCUGUUGAUAAUAUAUUGUACCAAGUCCAUAAAGGAGCUCUUAAACUCCCUCUUUCGGAGUCGGAGAUUCUUCUUCCCGGGUUGCCGCCGCUUGAACGUGAAGAUAUGCCGUCCUUCAUUUCGGAUUUCGGAUCUUACCCGGCUUUCUUUGACAUGGUUGUCCAACAAUUCUCCAACAUUGACAAAGCUGAUUGGGUCCUUUGCAACACGUUUUAUGAGCUAGAGCAAGAGGUGGUGGAUUGGAUGGCAAAGAUAUGGCCGUUGAGGACAAUAGGACCAACUAUACCAUCUAUGUUCUUAGAUGGGCGAAUUAAAGAUGACAAAGUCUAUGGCUUCAGCAUCUUCAACCCAAGCACCGAUGCUUGCAUGAAAUGGCUAGAUGAUCGUCCAAAAGGGUCGGUUGUUUAUGUUUCCUUUGGGAGUAUGGCAGUUCUUGAAGUUGAGCAAAUGGAAGAACUAGCUUGGGGAUUGAGAAUGAGCAACAACUACUUCUUGUGGGUGGUCAGGGCAUCAGAAGAGGUGAAGCUCCCCAAAAACUUCAUGGAGGAGACGGCUGAGAAGGGAUUGGUAGUUCAUUGGUGUCCUCAGCUGGAGGUCUUAACUCACAAGACAGUGGGAUGCUUUGUAACACAUUGUGGGUGGAACUCUACUUUAGAGGCCCUCAGCUUCGGUGUUCCAAUGGUUGCAGUGCCACAAUGGACAGACCAAAGUACGAAUGCGAAGUAUAUUAUGGAUGUUUGGAAGAUGGGACUAAAAGCUCCAGCGGAUGAGAAAGGGUUCGUCCGGCGAGAAGCAGUAGAAUAUUGUCUCAAGGAAAUAAUGGAGGGAGAGAGAGGGAAAGAGAUAAAGAAAAAUGCUUUGAAAUGGAAGAAAUUGGCCGUAGAGGCUGUUGAAGAGGGUGGAAGUUCUGAUAUAAACAUUGAAGAAUUUGUAGCAAAGUUGGUUAGCUAG